CAUGCCGAUGUAUUUUAAUACUUUUCGUUGAAUUCUCGCAUUAUUGUCCUUCUGGAAGCCUCCUUAAUCAAACGCGUGUUCGCAUUGCCGUGAUAACUAAAAUCGAUGUCUACGAUUUCGACCUCCCGAGUGCCCCAUACGUCCAACUGGAAGCGGUUAGAAACCCGCAUGUUGGACAUGAACCGGGUUGCAUUGAUCUUGGACAUGCUUCCAUGUUCCUGCAGCAAUGAGAUGCAUUUCUCGCUGCAAGCUUUCGCCAUGUUGACGUCUCCGCAAAUGUAAAGGUGUGUUUUCGGCUCGGAAGUCAUCAGUGCAAAAAGCUCCGCGCCACGAUCCUCCAUAGCAUCGUGGACGUACCGAUUGGGACAAUGAAUUCCUGGCUCUCUGCUGUAGGCAAUGUGGAGCUUGGCUACUCCGCUCGAUUCCCAUUCAAGAAGCUGGUCCUUGUACAGCAUUUCACCCUCGGAUCUGCAUCCAAAAAAUAGAUGACACUUUCCAAAYAUGCCACGUCUCGAUGCGCCAGCCUUUUUCAUCGCCAGGGAUCGAUCACGCAAAAAUCCCAUGAAGGGAGCUAGGCCGGUGCCUGCUCCAAUCAUGAUCAGAGGGCUCUUGAUCGACCGAGGAGCCCGAAAGGGGCUCUUAACCACGCUCGCAUUGAUCAUCUGUCCUGGCUCGAGACCGGCGAGGUCGUGCGAACACACGCCUUCCACAAGGACACCUCUGGAGGUUUCGAAUUUGACCACUCCAACGGUUAUGGAGACCUUGUUUGGAGAGGUUAGAGCAGAGGAAGAAAUAGAAUAUUGGCGGGGACCGAGGCGAGGCAUGAUGACGAGAACGUCGGCAAGACCGAGAAGGGGAUUUUUCCUUGUUUCCAAGGGUUUGCAAAAAAGGUCAUUGAAUUUCUCUAGGAAGUGCACGAUGGUAGGAUAGGUUGCCUUGAUGUUGUUGAUCAUGCCACUAUCUCCCUCCUCAUUGCAUUGUUGAACUGCAUCUUUAGCCAUGGUUUGAAAGUCACUAGCGCAACAAAGGGUCAAGGAGGCCUCCUCAAGCUUGGAGUUCAACAUUUGUAGAAACUCCACCAAAUAAGAUUCCGACGAUAGUGAUAAAUCAAGUGAAAAUUGAAGAACGUCGGCUAAGUUGUUGUUGGUCAAGUGCUUUGCAUUACACGGCGUUGUACCCUGAUCCUCGACGCUUUCAAUGUAAAACGGCUGAUGAGUCUGCCACAAUACAGACGGUGUGCAAUUCAUCCGAGCACUAGUCUUUUGAAGAAAUUUCUUCCGGCUUGCCUUCAGCUUCAAUCUAUGGAAUCCCGAUGAUUCUGCUGCUUUCUCGAGCUCUGGAGCAAAGCAAUUGCAGAAACGUGAUACCAUGUCCAUUGAAUUGAUCGGAACAACAGAAAGAUGGUCACCGGUCUCGUAUGCGAUAUCAGUUUUGUCGAUCUGCUCCAGCUCAAUGUGGCGAGUUGAUCGCAAGGGAUCGCUACCUUCGAAGAGAUCUUGAUUUUUUCUGCAUUUCAUUGUGCCCGUGCGCAAUCUGUGCUUUGAGUACUCCUCAUCGUAUUCGUCUUUCGCCAGCCAUCUGAUGCGGUAUUCAGCAGCUUUAGUAUCUUCGACCGGAAUUCCACUAGAUUCGAGUUCCACGAGCAAUGAAUUUGGAAGGAGAAGUUUCUUCAAGAAGAUAGACCAAUUGUAGAUAUCGGACUGGUUGCCCUUUGCGGCGUCAGCACAUACAAUAUUCAUGAUGGAAUUCGCUCCAGCGGCUUCCAUCUGCGAAUCAAUUCCUUUCCCAGCUUUGCAGAAGUCUGGGUACAAACUAGACCCCAAUGCAAGCACGGCAUACUUCACACCCGUGACUUUCCCCGCCAGUUCUGCAUUGGCAAACUUCUUUGCGUUCAAAGGCGGCUCACCAGCACCGAAUGUUGAACAUAUGAUGAGAAUGUGUGAAAACUUUCCAAGUUCUUGAUUGUAUUCUAGAGCUCCGUUGAGGGUUAGUACAGUUGGACGACAAAACUUUAAGGUCCUGGCGAGACUGUUGGCGACUGCUUCGGCCUUGCCUGUCUCGGAGCCGUAUGCAAUCAACACCUCGGGCAUCGACACUUUCUGCGAGAAGUCAUCCUCCGACAAAAUAUGACCGGUAGUAUCUAUAGCUUUCGUUCCACUGACUCCGUCGAUGUCAAGGACUCGCCAAGGAUCACAGCAAUAUUCAAAUUGAGGGACUACUCGGAAAUCUCGCAUCUCGAGAUGCCAAACUGGAUUUGUUGGCCCUGAAAAAAAGCAACUGGUGAGUCAAACGCUUUGACUUCGAGAAGAAUGAUCAAACAAGAAAUGAUCUAAAUUUGUACCAGUCUUACCCACUAAACCUCCGAUCCAGCUCCACUGCGCCGGGCACUCCCUACCAGCAGAUCGCUCCCGUUUACAAUGAGUAAUGAAUGAAUGCCCGACCGUAUCUGGGUCAACAAUUGUAAAAUCGCUUUUUUCAAAGGAAUGAAUGAUAGCUGACUCGAGCUCUGCAGAGACCUUUUGGGCAAGGAACUUGUCGGAUAAGUUCAUAUUCAUUGCGAUCGCCAAUGGCUCGGUGACAUGAUAUCUUUCUAGAAGAUUCCUUGCAACCUCUAUAGACACAAACCAGCCGUUAAAGGGUGCCGCACUAUAUUUGAUACCCCCCAAAUUCAUCAUAAAAUUGCUUAUGGCUGGCACUGCAGCCCACUUGUAUCCAAGAUCCUUUACUUCAGGAAAUUCCGGGUGUUCUAAAUGAACUUCGUGGGUAACGCUUUUUGGGAGCUGAUAUAUGAAGGGAAUAUCAUUGCCCGGAAUUUUAAGCACGAGAGGCAAAAUAUCGAACGCAGUACGCCUUUCAGGUGGUGUCCAGAGCUUUUUUUCAAUUAAAUAGGAGGUCAAGUCAACACAUGCAGGAUCGCCCAUUAUUUCUUCCGAGUCCCUAUCUUUGUAUCCACAAUAACGAAUAAAUUGAGAACUCCAGAAUCUUGUUCCGAACAGCUCGUUAUGUCGCUGUGGCCUGAACACUGUCAUCACGCUUUGGAUGCUCGCUCCGCCGGUGGCCAACUUCAUAUGCUCGCAAACCUCAUUAAAAAUCUC